GUGCCAGAGUUGAAUAUUAAAAAAAAAUCUACAGAUACAUUGAAAAAUGAACAAAGUAAUCAUCGUGAACAAUUUGAUCAAGGGAAACUUGUCAUUAUGAUUAAGCAAUGGAUAAUUAAACACAAUCGACCAUUUUUUUUGGUUGAAGACGAUGGAUUCAAAUUAAUAAUUUCGUAUUUAGAACCUGAAGCAAAAGUACCCUCCGCUGAUUCAAUAAAGAGGCAUCUAAUGAAUGUUUUUGAAUAUGAACGUGGGAUAAUCCAAAAAAAAUUACAAGAAGUUCCAGGAGGUGUCUCAUUAACAACCGAUAUAUGGACAACAAGCACAUAUGAAAAAUCAUUUAUGGCGAUUACAAUUCAUUUUUUAGACAGUUCAUGGCAUAUGAAACAUUUAUUGUUAGAUUUCGUUCACAUGGAUGGAGCACAUACUGGUGCAGCAAUCUCGAAUUCAUUUGAAGAAUGUCUUCAAUCGAUGGGUGUGAUUUCUAAGCUAGUUGCAAUUACACAUGAUAAUGCAUCAUCCAAUAUUACAUUUUUAAGUAUAUUUUCAAACUCUGUAAGACAAAAUGGGAUACAAUUUGAUGACACGCAACAAUCAAUUCGAUGUUUCGGUCAUAUUUUAAAUCUCGCAAUGCAAAGUUUGCUUGGGCAUAUAGGCAAUGAGGUUGAAAAGUUGCGAACAUUAAUUAAAAGCAUUAGAGGUUCACGAAUACUUCGCAAAAAGUUUAAAAUAGCAUGUCAAAUCAAUAAUAUAAAUGUACUGAAACCAAUUCUUGAUACUACUACCAG